AUGGCUUCUAGUGGGUGUCUAACCCGUGUCACACGGACUGAUCUCUUGCGUUACACGGCGCUUCUUGUCGGUUGUCUUGGAAUGGGCGUUGCCGGUUCUAUCUUUGCGUUUAACGCGUACGCCAACGCCAUCAAGGCCUCCUUUAAUUAUACACAGACCACAGUUGAGUUGCUGGCCUCCAUGGGUAAUUUUGGCAUUUCCAUCGGAUUUCCGGCAGGAAUGCUUCACGAGAUGCUUGGAUCACGCUGGACUUCCGCUGCCGCACUAUUGUUCACCGUUCUGGGUGCCAUGUUGCUAUGGAGCACCACAUUCGUGCAAGCCUUCUACACCAACAAAAGCGGAUUGAUGGCAGUGUAUUUCCUUGUGUUUGGUUUUGGCGCCAUUUUCACCUACAUGUCGUCUCUGAUGACAAACAUGCAGAAUUUCCACCCGCGCUAUCGCGGCUCCGUCGUUGGGAUCCUGGAUGCUUUCUUCAGCGCCGGGCCUGCCUUGUUUGCGCUCAUCUAUGGCGAAUGCUUCGUCAACGGUCACAUACACGGCGACGAAGAGAACCAAGAUCUGAAGGGUUUCUACUUGAUGUCAGCCAUUUGUUUCGCGGUUGUUAAUGCCCUCGGUGUCAUCUUCUUGACGAAGUACCCGUACGAUGGCAUGGAAAGCCAGCAGUUAGUGAUCAACGACGAGCUGGUCAAAGGGAACAUCAACGGCGACGAGAGCAGAGAAGCAACCAAACCGGAAGUCAACAUCACCGGCUUGAAGCUCCUAAAAAAUUUUGAUUUCCACUUCCUGCUGUGGGCGCUCAUUUUUUGCGCCUCACUACAGCUCAUGUUUCAAAAUAACAUAACAACUUACUUAAAAUCUUUCAACCUGGAGCAGUACAGCACCUUGUUUACCGUGCUUGUACCGGUGUCGGCGACAACGUCGAAAGUGUUCGUAGGUUUCAUGUCAGAUGCACUGAUCCAUCGCUUCCCUCGCGCCGUCCUUCUGUUGGCGUUCACUGUUUUCCAGACGGUGAUUUUGGCCGUCUGCGUAUUCAAAGCCAACAACUUUACUGUUCUUGUUAUCGCUACAUUCGGAGUUGGAUUUCCAAACGGCGCCACCUGGUGUCUCACACCGACAAUGACCAGCGAGUUUUUUGGCAUUAAGUACUUCGGUCGCAACUGGGGCUGGAUCAUGUUGGGAAAUGCGGUAGGAGGUCUUAUUGUACAGAAAAUCUUCGGAGCAAUUUAUGACAGUAGUAUUCACCAGAUCGGAGAAACUGACUGCUUUGGACAAGCCUGUUUUACGUGGAGUUUUGUCGUAGCGCUAGGACUAAGUUUCUGUGCUGUAGUCUUUGACAUGGGUUUAGUCGAACGCCAGUGGAAGAAACCAAAAAGAAGUCACUCUGAAGUACAACCGAUAAGCGGGUUUAAGGAACAGUAGUCUUCCUUGAUCAAUAAGUCUUCAAUUGGACCUGACAGUGCUGCAGCUCUCUAAUCGUGUGUUGAUGGGCGCAGACGUACAGGGUGAAACCUAAUAAAAUUG